AUGGGAAAGGCUUACAACCCAUCAAAAAGGUUAUUUACUUGUCCUGAUGAUGGUGUAUAUAGUUGUACUUGGACUGCAUUGACCUCACCUAAUAAAAGUUUUGAGGGUGAUUUUGUAGUCAAUGGUAAAGUUGUUGCAGGAAAUCGUGCCAGCGCGUACAACGACAAGGAGUACCAACCUGCAACUAAAACCGUAGUACUUGAUCUGAAGAAAGGAGACGUAGCCAAUGUUGCAGUGCAGGGUUACUAUGCAAAGCACAUAUACCACUUUUGGUCAUCCUAUUCGGGUUUUAGGGUUUUCUAA